GGAAGUCUAUAGCUCGUGUGACAGUGUUGUCUGUGUGACUGUGUGAUGACGGAAGUAUGUUGACUAUGGAAGGGCACCUGCCUACACGUCUCAGAGGGAACAGUCUACAGCCGGACAGAUGACCAUGGAGCCUGACAAAGACUUUGAAGAAACUGCCAACUUUGAUCGAAACAAGAACAUCCAAAGAAGUGUAACUGACUUUGAUGUAGACCAACAAAUCAACGUUCCUGACACUUCCGAUCUUGAAUCAGAACAGCCAAUCAGAGAGCCUAAUACACCCUCAAACUCUAGACGACUUGUCAAGGCUUUGUUGAACAAACGUGAUUACUUAAGAGCACAAGUGCGACAUUUUCAACAAAAUUUCUCUGGAUUCCGUUUUAUACGUCGGCGAGGAGUAGCAGCUCGAGAAGAUGAAACUGUGCCAGUCUCCUGCUGUAGUGAUGAGGACCUCCCAAACUUUGUGACGGACGGUAACGGACACUGUGAGAUCCAGGAUGUUGGUCAUGAGGAUGUCAUGGCGGUAAAGCGGGCCGUAGGUCGGAGCGUGUCUGUCGAGGGCGCGGCUCACGAAGCAGUGAUGAAGGAAGUUGGUGGAGCAGAGGUGAGGUCCCAUGGAGCAGCAGCUCCACCAGGGCACAAGCCGGCCCAGUCUGGAACAGGUCAGAGGUCGGCCCCAUCUGUGUCAGAUAUGAUUGGAAAAGGGGUCAAGAGCUGGACAGAACUGAUGGACAGCCUGAGUCCUAAAGUGGAGGAACCAUUGCCAGAAAUGACAAAGGCUGAUGAUGACGCCUUCGUAGAUGACCUUCCACUUGGAAGUGAAGGUUGUUUCUCGCCAGCAAACACAUUAUCAGCCGUCGUCAGCGCAGCGAGCACAAGUGCAGUGCCCCCACUUGACCCACGGCUGUCCAGUCUGAAAGCUGCUGGUAACUACGGUUGGACAAGCUUCAACUCCGAGGUCUCAGGCCAGACAAGCGGCUCAAGCGCCAACAGUCUCGACAUUUUACUGUCUCAACGUAAUGUGGAUCCAGAGCAGAUGUUGCGAAGUCUUGGUUUCGGUUUCGCCAACGAGCAAGAGGCGCCAAUGCUGCGCGUGCCAGUGCGCUUCAUGCAGAAGUCUCAUGCCAGUGGCAUCAACAUUGCUGAAUUCCUUGCUGAGUAUCCCGAGCUCCAGCAAGUCAUGAUGAAGAAGUCAGGGAAAUGGGGAUCUGUGUCCAGAUCCAUCUCAACGAUGCUAGCCAUGAAGUCAGUCCUCGGUCAAAGCACAACAGCAGCGUCUCCUCCCAGCAGCAACAACAACAACAUCGCUGCCCCUCCUGAGUCAGGACCUCCGGAUGCUGAGUCUCCACAGCAUGUGAUGCACCCGAGCAUCCUCAGUGUGGAGAAUCAACGUGCGCUGGCUAGUCAGGGGUAUUAUGACUGUAACGUUCCCCACGCUGUGACAAAAGCUGUCAGACAGGAGACGACAGCUGAUGCUGUUCAGAUGAGGAGGAAACCUAUGGAUGCUGCAACAAGGCGGGAACGUUUCCAGAAGACGAGAUCCACCAAGCGAUGGAGCAUGGUGGAGUCAUCAGAAGAUCCUGUAGGCAAUGUGGAGAGUGGGGAGGUGUGGAUUUCCCGGAGUCUGGAUGAGUCCAAGGGAAGACACUCUGGCACUGACUUCAGUAGUUCCAUGGACAGCUCCGAUUCCCCAGCUAAUGAUUCCAGGACGUCCUCUAUCAGUGAAAAGAGGCGGAUAUUUGAGCUGGAGAUGAUGAAGAGGAGUGGAGAGGAUCUUGGUAGCAUCAGCCUGAACCGGGAACACCAGGUGAACAUUCUGAUGAAUGACGAUGAUGAGGAUGGGAACUAUGUUGUGUCAGGCGGUCCAUCAAAGCAGAGCACUAUCGAGAAAGAAGGGUCAGUGGUUGAAGCUGGCAGUGACAGAAAUGACGUAAAGAUUGUGGUUUCAGAUACGGACCCCAGUGCUCGGGAUGUAACUGAUUCAGGGAGCAUCUUACCCAAGUCAGCAAAUGGCACUCAUUCCUUAUUGACUAUUGUGAACGCUCAGCUGGAGCGCUUGUCCGACUCUGGGUCAGAUUACACCCUGGUAGAAAGCCCACGACCUUCAACGGAUGUGGAAGUAUCACACCCUGUUCUCAUACAGACAUUGUCUAAAGAUUCUGUGUUUGAAGAGUCAGAUCGGACAGACAGAAGUGUUUCAGUCAGCUGUCAGACAUCUUUCGACGGCCACAAGCUAGAUGAAAAUGACAAUAUGUCGUCAGCUAAGAUGAAGUCUGUUAUUGAUGAUGUGAAGCGCAGUCAGGAUGAUCUGACAAGGAUGGGGAGUGUGCAGUCUGACAGCAGCGGAUUUGGUGACGCGGACAACACAGCAGAUUUGCCAGCACCAGAGAAUGAGAGGGCCUGGGUGGCUAGCCUUGGUAGCAGCAGCGAGAGUGCAGGAACGCUGGCAAGCAGCAACACCGCCGUCCUUGUGCACGAUGUUGUCACCGAUAUGGCCACACAGACGUCGCUGUUAGAGCAUGCAGGUCAUGUGACAGCAAUGGAGUUGACAGUUCCAAAGUUGAAUUCUUUCAGACGGACUUUUGGGGAGAAUGUUGAGCCCAAUGGUCAUCUAUCUAGUCGAUAUAUCAGUACAUAUUAUAUACCACCAUUGAGCAAAGCAUCACCCUCGUCAGUUGACAAAGAAGAUUCUGGAACCAAAGUUUAUGGACAAAGCUUAGUACUUGGGAAGACAAGAGUUUCUGUGAUUGUGCCAAACAAAUCUCAAAAGAGCUUUGAAAUUCAAAAUAAUAGUCAAGAGAAGAAGUCCCAGGUGAAGACAGUACACACAAGCAAGGAGGUCCAUGUGUCACCGUACUAUGAGAUCAGAGCCCCACUAGCCAAACCUGAGGAAUUCGAGACUGAAGAAGACCUCAGGGAGAGCUACCGCUUUCCUCAUGUGUCAGGUCAUGGCAUUAGGCAUGUGUCUAAUGUGGGACACCCGUCCUCCGCAGUGUCUGUGCUGAACCUGAGCGUUGCUGACAGUGGUGAGUUCGGGUCCCGGAUUUCGCUGGCAGAGGAUGACAGUGACUACUCAUGUUCCUCUAUGGCAGAGAGCACGGCUAGCUGCAGCUCUUCAGAGAUCUUCGACUACAAGAAACUGGUUCGCCUCAUCAAUCAGCCUGACACUUACAGGGGUCGUCGUCGUCGUCGAAGUUUCACUCGCUACCGACCAAAGAGACCCAUCAAGGACUGGCCGAAUCUGGUGAGGAAGAAGAGAGUCCAGGAGGAGACACGCCUGCUUCAACACUCACUACAGACGUACAAGGCCGAGCUGCAGGUGAUGGAAACGUCCUGUUUGCUGCAGUACCAGCUGGCUUACGAGGACAUGGCGGAAGAUGAGAGGGAGGAGGUGGAGGAGCUGCAGAUGCUGUGGAGGGAGCUGAGGGAGCAGAUCUACAACAUGGAGCAACUGCUCUCCCACAGAAUGAAGGCCGUCACCAAGGGCAGCGACUUCUUCACCUUCCUUUCAACACUGAACGUCAUCCAGACUAUGACAGAGUUGCUGAAGGAGCAGAUGUAUCAGCAGACGGUGAGCCCAAGUCUGGAGCAGGAGGAGGAACAGGAGGAGGAGGAGGAGAUGUGUGAGGAGAGAGAAGCCCAGGCAUCCUUCACCCACAGCUCCCCCUUCCUGCCACCCUCACCCAUGACUAGCUAUUCAUCUGUGUUCGGUAUCCCUGGCAACGGGCCUCCAGAGUACAACCCACAGCACAGCCUGGAUGAGAUGCGUCGGUCACUGAUGGAGGAGAUGCGGGAGGAGAUGAAUCGAAGCACACAGCAGCUCCACCUGGACAUGCAGACCAAAGACAAUGAAAUUCAGCGUCUGAACCUUCAACUUAUGAUGCAGUCUCACUGGUCUCCGCUAAUGUCAAGGUCAACUCGCAGUCUUCCUCAUCGUCGAAGCACACGGCAGACAGACGUGUAGCACAGGGACAAGUUCCAGCUAUCAGCGCAAGCAUACCCUCAAAUUGUGAGACCAAGACCAUAGACUGCCAGGAAAAGGGAGCAUAGGGGAGCUGUGCUUCUAGCUCUGCACAUCAUAACCAUUUGCUGCUCUUCUGUCCAUGGAGAUGUGUAAAUAUCCAAAUCCUUCUUGAGAAUGACAAGUGGUGUACUACACAAGCACGAAAUGGACAAACAAACCAUAUGACAGAGAAGUCAUCAUGCAACCUGUGCGAGAAAGGGAGAGUGGACAACUCCUACACACACUGAAUCCAUCCGUACCUUCAUCAAUCUUCACAUUUUCAUGAGGCCAUUCUCACCACACAGCUGCCACCUUCACACCACACAGCUGCUGCUAUCUCACCACACAGAUGCCAGCAUCUCACCACACAGCUGCUGCUAUCUCACCACACAGCUGCUUGAUGUCACAUCAUUUUUAGGAUGACCUGUCAUGGUGACAGGACUACAUCAUCACUCUGCUUUCAAGUAUACUGACUAGAAUCAUGUACCCACAAGCUAGUCCUGCUAGACAGCUAGAUGCAUCAGUAACAAGCACCUGCUUGCUUUCAUCAUCCGGAGGGUUUGCAUCUGUAAACACAGUAUGACGUGUGGUUAACGAGUCUGUUUCCGAUGCUGUAAUAGUGUUGCAAGGAGCGUCAGUGUGUCAACUGUUUCAUCAAUGCCAUGCAACCAAGUAUUCAUCCGCUGUCGGCCAGGAGUGUAUACCACGAACACCACAGCCUUUGGUAUUUGUAACCGUUCAGCCCAAGGCAAUGUAUUUUGAAUUGAAUCCACACAGAUGAGCUCUGUCAUGUAUUACUAUGAUGUGGGAAAUGUUCUUUCUGCCUAUGUCAGCAAUUUUACAACUAUACAUGUAGCUGCCUGUUGCUAGGGGAGAUGUUGAUCUCCCAGUUUGUAACCAAUCAAAGACCAUCAUCAGUCAUUUUGUACACGCAGUUUCAAUAUUCGUCUCCUCAAACAACAAACCUAGGUGUCGGGCCUACUGAUUUAAUGAUGAAUGGAAUACAGGUGUUUGGCCAAUAAUGAUUCUGUAUCUGUCUCGGUCAUUAGUAAUGUGUCAAUAUUAGCAGUAUAUAACUAGUGUUUGGUUUGUUGACAAUACUUUCAUAAAUGUGACUGGAUAUCUACCAGAUUAGGUUUGUACGCAGUCCAUAUUACCUAGAUGGACACAACAACAUUAAAUGUGACUGGAUAUCUACCAGAUUAGGUUUGUAUGCAGUCCAUAUUACCUAUAUGGACACAACAACAUUAAAUGUGACUGGAUAUCUACCAGAUUAGGUUUAUAUGCAGUCCAUAUUACCUAGAUGGACACAACAACAUUAAAUGUGACUGGAUAUCUACCAGAUUAGGUUUGUAUGCAGUCCAUAUUACCUAGAUGGACACAACAACAUUAAAUGUGACUGGAUAUCUACCAGAUUAGGUUUGUACGCAGUCCAUAUUACCUAGAUGGACACAACAACAUUAAAUGGCACAUCAAUUCAUUAACAUGAAGCAUACAGAUGUCACCUAAUGAUGGCUGCAAUUCAACCAGUUGAGCACAACUACAGAAGGCUGGUUACAAGAGACACUCACACUAUAUUUUUAGCUAUAUUUGAUGCUUUGAUUUUAUUCUGCCAAAGGAAUAACAAAAAUUGUCAAAGAUCGGCGUAAUUGUUUGCUGCUGAAAAUUGUUACAUAUCAACUGGGCACCAGUAGAAUCAGGACAUGUUCUGUCAGCAGGAUGUGUGUUCUGUCAGCAGGAUGUGUGUUUGAUCUGUAGGAUGUGUGUCCAGCCAAGCCAGCCUCCUACAGCUGAGACCUACAACCAUGUUUGUCCAGCAAUGUCUCUGCAUCUCUCACUGUACAAUUUCCCAUCUCAUUCAUCUUCGUCUUCCUUGUUCAUUCCUUGACUCACCAAACUGUUCAAAAUCUGGUGGGUAAGAAUUUUGCUGUUUCAAUUGUUACAGUGUUGUUGUAUAUGCAAUUAAAAUCAAACAUUUUUAUGGAGUUAUAAAGAUAUUUUAAUAACUCUAACAAUAUUUAUUUUUAUCCAAAAUCUGUUGAUUCUGUUUAAGCUUUUAGUCAGUAUGUAGCUGUUCUGUAUAGCUGUAGACAGCAUUGAGUUGUCUCAGGGCAAAGUGUGUUCCUGUGAAUGUGUUAGGCUAAAUAAAAAAAUCUUGUGGUUCUGAUUACACCUCUUUAAAAUUUAGGGUAGGUAGGAUUUUUGUUCUUUUAACAUUAUUUUUUUCAGAAGUAAAGUACAAACUAAUAACACAUUUAUCAAUGUGUAAUUGUUUAUUCAAUCAAGCUUGCAGCCGUCAUGUCGACUUUCUCUAUCAGAAUGCCUGAUGUCCGUCAGUGUCAGGAAAAAACAAUGGUGUCUGAAUGCUUCUUUUAUUCAUACUAAAAUAUAGGGUCGGCACCAGAAUUCAAGGGUCGGUCGGGUAAUGGAAACCACAACAUUUUUAUUUUUAGGCCUCAAGGCACAAUAGCAUGGUGUACAGGGUCCCAGCCCAGUAGAUACCUUUCCCAAUAAAAUGUCAUUCCAUGGCAAUAAUCUACCACAUUCUUAAACUACUGGGUCAGGAUGAUGCUCGACAUUUAGUGUUGAUCAUGUUUUCCAAAUGAAAAGUGAUAAAUGUUGGGGGGAUAUUUUCAUGAAAUCGUGAUCUGUAUUCGGUACAAAGAAUUAUCACCAAAAUCCUUUUUGGUUCUAUUUUCUAUAGAUUAUUGUUCUUGAUUCAUCCUGAAAGAUGAUGAUGCUUGUUUCAUGCAAUUGGUCUGUUCUACUGCCAGCCAUUCCUUCUUGCUAUGGGAGGGCAGUGUCCAACAUUUCCUCUUGUCUUUCAACAGGGAUCGCUAGUGUAGAGUCAUGUUGCACCCCUAAAUGUUCCUUCAAACUUCUACUUAUUCCGUGUGAUAGACUGAUUUUACAAGUUACCAAAACGUGUUGACUUUUUUAUAUAUUCUAUAUCAUAUAUUUUUUCUUAUGGAAAACAGGAAGUGAGAAUAUUUGUACAUCAGCAGAAAUAACAUUUUUGGGAGAGUACAAUGUAAGUGCUGGUGGGUUAACAGAAAUGGAGUUUAUUGUUGCAUUCAAGAUUAUGAAUUCAAAAUACUGCAAUGGGCAAUAGUCCUGCUGGUACUAGUCUGGAGUUAGGAUGGUUUUCUGGUGCAAGCUCAUCCAGACUCCAUGCUGCAGUUUGACAGGGAUACCCCAGUCAGACACAGGAUACUGACUCCCAGCCGACCAGUUCUUGUUUGAUGCCAUUAAUGCUAAGUGGCAGGCAGGGCAGCAACAACUACCACCUUUCACUGUGUGUUUCCAUGAUAUGACUGGGGAUGAAACCACAUACCUUACACUCUCCUGGCAGGCGCUGUGUCCACUGGACAACAGAGGCGGUUCCAAGUUAAAUGUACACAUGUUCAGGACAUCCUGGUUAUACAGCCUCCACCUCACUAUUACUCUGUUCCCUGUUUAUUUAGGUUCCAUAUUCCUUAAAGAUGGGAACUGAGGAUGAAUGUUUAAAACAGAUGUCAGGUCACAAAGAUUCAGUUGUUUUCAGUAAAGAAAUUUAUACCAUGCAACUUGGAGUAGUCAAUAUGAAGGAUUUAUAUUUCAUAUCUACAUUUAGUAUGUCACGUUUACCAGAAAUAGUGUCCAAUCUGACAUCAUCUAGCGUUACCAUAGCAACCAAUCAGGACUUGCAAAGUAAAUAUCAAGCCAAAUCAAGCCUCAUUGAAUUAUAGAAACCAUGAUAAUUCCCGCAUAAGGAUGACUGCAUGAACCAAAGCUGCACAGUUAGAAGUGCUGAAUAAACUACACAUUGUUGUGUAAUGGUUGCCAUCCCUGUGUGUGUAUUUCCAUUGAACUGCUCCAGAGUCCGGUGUAUAAGGGUGCCAUGUUGCCUUACUCCUGUAUCACUGCUUGUUGAUGCAAGUAUUACUGGUGAUUGUUCAAUUAUGUCUGAAUAAAAGCAUCUGUUCAUG